AUGAUCUCAUCCGGAUAUUGUCGCAGCGAGGUGUUUGGACAUGGAUUCAUCAGGGGGCUCGUCGGCAUCGACGGUACCUAUCGAGCAGGGAGCCGAUCCAGAGACCUCCCCUCCGAUACAAGAUCCUCCAGUGAUGUCUUCUCUACCGCCCGAAACCAAAUAAAUUCCCUUGUUGGCAAUACCUCAGUUUCCGACGUGUCAAACAAAGCCACGACGGCAACUUCCGAGGCGGCCAAUGGGAUCAAGAAGACCGUCCUUGAAGAUGCGAUUCCGGCCACGGAGGAAUUUCUAAACAACGCCCGGGACCGUAUCAGCACGCUAUGGUCGGUCAAAGCAACAGUGCAGAUGAUCAACCGCCCGGUAGGCACCCAGCCUGUUGGAGACCAGCUGAUUGUGGAGAUUCCUAACCUGGUUCCUCAUAGAUAA